ACAAUGUUGGUUUUUAGAUAAUUCACUGUUCUGCUCAAUGAUAAGCGCUUAAAAUAUGAAUACAGCAACCACUAAAGACCUAAAUACCUCUAAAACCUAAGUUUCUUUUAAAAUUCGAAAAUAUUUUUCCACAAUGUCUCAACAUAGUGCUUUAUUGGGACUUAAAAGUGAAUAUUUAGAGAUAAAUGAAUAUAAUUUUACAUGGCCUGGAGAAAAUGGUACAUUUCAUGAUCUUGGUUCAAUAAAUUACACAAUGCCAGGACCAUGGUAUUGGCCUUGGUGUCCACUAUGGAAGGUUUCACAGCAUCCUCUAUUCCAGCUAUCCAAUAUGCUUUUCGUAGCAUCGUACUGCGCUCCAAGCACAAAAAAGGGUCAGCUGUGGAUGCAUACAAUCUUAAUUUUUGCUUUUAUGCUGAAUUCGAUCUGGGCCUGGCACGUCAUAUGUUCUCCGGACACGUUUUCCUGGAACUUCGGAUUCGUUUUCUUAAACUUGGGCCAAGUCGUUUAUCUGGUGUACCAGAUGAGACCUGUGAAGUUUGAUCCGGAGCUAGAGGAGGUCUAUCACACGCUUUUUGAACCGUUCAAGGUAUCAAGACUCCAGUUCAAGAGGAUGGUGUCUCCGGACUUCGCGCACGUAAUGUCACUGCACGCGGGUGAGGCCUACGCCAUGCAGAACCUCACUAAAACCGACCGUCUCGGAUUGCUGCUCUCAGGAAAGGUGAACGUGAUGAGCGGUCACCAGUUCCUGCAUCCGAUACUUCCUUGUGAGUUUCUUGAUUCACCAGAAUUCGAAUCAAGUCGAGCUACAAUUGAUGAAAAGUUUAAGGUGUCUAUUGUAGCAGCAUCAUCUUGCCGCUAUGUAUACUGGCAACGGACUUCACUGGAAUAUCUCUUUGUAAAAGAGCCUUACUUAGCUUGUGUUGUAACAACACUAAUAGCUCGGGAUAUAACAACCAAGUUGUAUGCGAUGAAUAAUAAAAUAGUAACAGAGAGAGGAUCACAUUUAGAUAUAAGACUGCCGAGCAUCUCGCACGCGCUGGCUAGGAGUCCGAGGAGAUUGCGUUCAGCCAAUAAACCCCCGCCGCCCACUACUGUACAACCGGUUCCGCCCGAAAAACGACCAAAUUGCUGGAACCGUGAGUCAGAGCACUUGAGCAAUCACAAGCGCAAUGGUGUAGCGGGCACUACGUAUGUUGAAGAGGAUGAGGAACUGAUUCCUCUGGCGGAGCACGAGGCUCCUGCCGCCUCCUCUGAUGAGUUGUCAAUCGCCGACAGUUGUCCUGACACGUCUUCCAAGUAUCACAGCUGCGAGGCUGUUGAAACUGAUGAUGAAUUACGACAUUGAUUUAAUAAAUAAAAAAAAAAUCAAUAUCUUAUAUUGUCGCCCCUUUCAUUCCCUUUGAAUACUAGAGAUAGCAAUAUUUUUUGUACAGAAGAUGGAAGUCCAUGGUAAGCUUGAGCUUUGCCGGAGUAAAAUGAAGGUUGGAUCCUGCGAUUUUGUUUC